AUGCCCGAAUCCAUCAUCAACGAGCCCACGUUGGCGCUCGACCGCUACGAUGGCAACGUCUUCGUCAUUACCAUGCGGAAAGCACCAGAGAACCGCCUUAAUGUAGAAUACGCACAAAAGAUCAUUGGAGCCUUCAACCAGGUCAGACAGAUUCUUGGGACGGACAGUGAGGGUGCUGUCAUCACGAAGGGCAAUGAUGCGAAGUUCUGGUGUACGGGCUCACAACAACAUCAACAGGGCCUCGAACUAGACGAGUCCGACAGGAACCCCUACGCCAACUCCGAAGGCUUCUUCCCCCUCCUGGCCACCAUCGUGGACUUCCCAUUCCCAACAAUCGCACUCGUCACCGGCCACACCUUCGGCGGAGCCUGUCCCUUCGCCCUCAGCCACGACUACAGAGUAAUGAACAGCAAACGCGGUUUCUUCUCCAUGCCGCCCGUCAACCUCGGUCUGCACUUCCCAGGCAUCGGCACGCUCCCACGACUGAAGCUCCAUCCUCAGAUCGCCCGGAAGAUGUUGCUGGAAGCGCACCGAUGGACGGGGAAGGAGGCGUUGCAGGAUGGUGUCGUUGACGCUAUUGCGGAGCCGGAGCAGAUGUUUGAUGUGGCAAUGGAGCUGGCGAAGACGUGGGCGCCGAAGGCGAAGAUGGGGGUGUAUGGGACGUUAAGGAAUGAGCUUGUAGGUGAGGCAGCGAAGAGUUUCAGGGAGAUUUCCUAUAAUUAUUCGAGGAAGGCGGAUCACCCUGCUAAGGCUAAGAUCUAG